AUGAGUGGAACGACUGCCGCCCCGACGCUCGCCGCCGUCAAGGCCGAGCCCGAGAAGCUCUCCGGCCUCAACCUCUACUCGAGGUUCGCCCUGGCCGGCGCCGUGUGCUGUUCCGUCACCCACGGCGGUCUCACCCCCGUCGACGUCGUCAAAACCCGCAUCCAACUGGACCCCGCAACCUACAACCGCGGCCUCAUCGGCGGGUUCCGCCAGGUGAUCCAGACCGAAGGCGCCGGCGCCCUGCUCACCGGCGCCGGUCCCACGUUCGCCGGCUACUUCCUCCAGGGCGCCCUCAAGUUCGGCGGCUACGAGUUCUUCAAGCAAAAGUCCAUCGACACCGUCGGCUACGAGAACGCGCGCGCGAACCGCAUCGCCGUCUACUGCGUCUCCGCCGCCGCCGCCGAGUUCUUCGCCGACAUCGCCCUGUGCCCGCUCGAGGCCACGCGCAUCCGCCUCGUCUCGCAGCCCGGCUUCGCCUCCGGGCUGGUUUCUGGCUUCUCCAAGAUCGCCAGCCAGGAGGGCCUCGCCGCCUUCUACUCGGGCUUCGGGCCCAUCCUCUUCAAGCAGGUGCCGUACACCAUGACCAAGUUCGUCGCGUUCGAGAAGGUCUCCGAGUUCGCGUACGCCAACUUCUUCGACAAGAGCAAGACGAGCGACGGCAUGCAGACGACGAUCAACCUCGGCUCCGGCCUCAUUGCGGGUUUCGCGGCGGCCAUCGUGUCGCAGCCGGCUGACACCAUGCUGUCCAAGAUUAACAAGACCAAGGGUCUUCCUGGAGAAAGCACGACGAGCAGGCUGGUCAAGAUCGCCAAGGAGCUUGGUGUUCGUGGAUCGUUCAGCGGUCUGCCGGCGCGUCUGUUCAUGGUCGGUGCGCUGACGGCGGGACAGUUUGCGAUUUAUGGUGAUUUGAAGAAGGCUCUGGGUGCCACUGGAGGCGUUGAGAUUGCGAAAUAG